GCAGCCCAGACCUCUUUUUCUCCUGGCCGCAGCUGUACGCUCCUUUUUCGCAGCUGGUCCAAACAAAACACUGAGUGGAGAGUCGGCGCUCGCUUGGCCUGCUGACAAACAUGCGUUUUUAUUUCACAAAGAGUGAUACACCCCAGAGGAAAGGUUUUACACAACAGACCGCAGGAAGAUGUACAACGGCGUCACCUCUGCAUGACAGCCCGAUCCCAAUUAAACCCGGUUUAUAAUGGAGUAACAUUUCACUGGGCAACAGAAAGGACCACUGCCUGCCAGUGCUGCCAAUCCCCUAUCAGAGAAGCCGGAUUCGCGUGUUUUCUCUUUUCUAUGAGGACUGUCACCAGUGAUAGACUCGCUGCAGGUGCAUAGACCCUCUAACUGAUCUUCCUGCAGCCAUGGCCCCACCGAGCACUGAACUGUCCCGCUGCUAGGCGACAGGGCAUCCGACAGGGCAGGAGACAUGUUGGGACAGAGGCCAGAGGACCACUGCACUGAAGUCUGUUACUAUAGCAAAUACUGUAGUAACCAUGGAAAAGCUAUGGAGGACUGCUCUAGUCUGGAUUGUUAUCAUCCAUUUUGCCACCGGGAUCACAGGAGGUCGCAAAGAUGAGUUUGGGAAAUCACAAGCUGCUUUCCUGUCCAGCCUAGACCAGUAUGAGAUCGCCAUCCCUGUGCGUGUAGGACCAUAUGGCGAAAUGCUGGACACAGAGAGGACGAAAUACCACCAAAGAAGACGGCGAAGCACUGAAGACAGGCUGCCUGACUCUCUCUUCUAUCAGCUGUCCACAUCACAGAACAACUUCCUGCUGAACCUGACGCUGCAGGGAGGCCUGUUGUCUCGCCAGUUCAGGGUGGAGUACUGGAAGAGGGGCCAAUUAGCCUGGAGUCACCCGUACUCUCCUCAUUGUCACUACACAGGCCACCUGCAGGACCAGCCUCACUCCAGCAAAGUGGCCCUGAGCAACUGUAACGGCCUGCAGGGGGUGAUUGUUGCAGGGGGAGAGGAGUACCUCAUUGAACCGCUUGUCUCACCAGAUAACCAAACGAGGGCAGCGAGGGGGGAGAGAACAGAGGGGCGCCCCCAUGUGGUUUACAAACGCUCAUCACUGCGCCAUCAGUACAAGGGCCGGUCCUGCGGAGUCUCUGAUGAAAAACCAAUGAAAGGGGCCUCGUGGUGGCAGCGGACUCUGAAGACCCCGCCUCUCCAUGUCGGCCGUGGCCAGCUGCCCCUCAAGCGCUCGGUCAGUCAGGAGCGGUACGUGGAGACGCUGGUGGUGGCUGACAAGAUGAUGGUGGGUUACCACGGUCGCAGGGACAUCGAGCAGUACAUCCUGGCCGUCAUGAAUAUUGUUGCCAAACUGUUCCAUGAUUCUAGCCUGGGGAAUGCAGUCAACGUGGUGGUGACACGGCUCAUCCUGCUCAUGGAAGACCAGCCAACACUGGAGAUCAACCACCAUGCAGGGAAGUCUUUGGACAGUUUCUGUAAGUGGCAGAAAACCAUCCAGCACCGCAGCAGCAGCUAUGGGAACGCCAUCCCGGACAAUGGCAUUGCUCACCAUGACACAGCUGUACUUAUCACCAGGUACGACAUCUGCAUCCAGAAAAACAAGCCCUGUGAAACUUUAGGGCUGGCCCCUGUGGGUGGGAUGUGUGAACCAGAGAGGAGUUGCAGCAUCAACGAAGACAUCGGCCUGGGGACGGCCUUCACCAUCGCCCAUGAGAUGGGUCAUACGUUUGGGAUGAACCAUGACGGGAUGGGGAACGCCUGUGGACCGCGGAGCCAGGAGACCGCCAAGCUGAUGGCUGACCACAUCACCAUGAAGACAAACCCGUUCAUCUGGUCGGCCUGCAGCCGCGAUUACAUCACCAGUUUCCUGGACUCAGGUCUGGGCUCCUGUCUGAACAACGUUCCCCCUAAGCAGGAGUUUGCGUACCCCACCACAGCACCAGGUCAAGCCUAUGAUGCAGAUGAGCAGUGCCGCUUCCAGUAUGGCGUCAGAUCCAGACAGUGCAAAUAUGCGGAGGUCUGCAGUGAACUGUGGUGCAUGAGUAAAAGCAACCGCUGCAUCACCAGCAGUAUACCCGCUGCAGAGGGAACCAUCUGCCAGACUAAUACAAUUGAGAAAGGGUGGUGCUUCAAAAGGGUGUGUGUUGCAUAUGGCACUCGUCCAGAGGGCGUGGAUGGAGGCUGGGGUCUGUGGUCCGCCUGGGGGGAGUGCAGCAGGACCUGUGGAGGUGGAGUCUCCUCUUCUGUCCGUCAUUGUGACAGCCCCAGGCCAACCAUUGGUGGAAAAUACUGUCUGGGAGAAAGAAAACGCUUCAGGUCCUGUAAUAUUGAUGAGUGUCCUGCAGGCUCCAGGGACUUCAGAGAGAUCCAGUGCUCUGAGUUUGAUAGCACUCCUUUCAGGGGGAAAUUUUACACCUGGAAACCGUACAGAGGAGGUGGGGUGAAGCCCUGCUCUCUCAACUGCCUCGCAGAAGGUUACAACUUCUACACAGAGCGAGCUCCCGCCGUGGUGGACGGCACGCCGUGUCGAGAUGACUCCGUGGAUGUUUGUGUGAACGGAGAGUGUAAGCACGUAGGUUGUGAUCGGGUGCUGGGCUCGGACGUACGGGAGGAUCGCUGUCGGAUCUGUGGGGGUGACGGCAGCAGCUGCAUCUCUGUGGAGGGAGUCUUCAACGACUCGCUGCCUGAAGGAGAAUAUGAAGAAGUGGUGAGAAUACCUAAAGGAUCAGUGUUCAUCCACAUACAGGAGCUCAACAUCUCCCUCAACUACCUUGUCCUGAAGAGUAAGAAUGAUCAGUAUUUUAUCAAUGAGAAACUCACCACUGACACGGCUCGAAGGGUCAACGCUGCUGGGACCACUUUCCACUACAGGCGGCCCGCUGACGGACCAGAAACUCUUGAAGCUCUUGGACCAACAAAUAUGACCCUAAUUGUCUUGUUACGGCUUAGUGAGGACAAUCCAGGGAUCCACUAUCGUUUCAACCCACCAGUCAGCAGGGAUCCUAUGAGUGGCUUCGCCUGGCAGUACACGUCCUGGUCCCGCUGUUCAGCUUUGUGUGCUGGAGGUGUCCAGAUCCAGCAGGUUGUGUGUAAACGGCAGUCGGAUCUUUCAGUCGUCUACAAUCACUUCUGUGAUAAGAAGAGCAAACCCAAAGAGAAGAGGAGAUCCUGCAACACUGAGCCGUGCUCUCCAAAGCUUUUCUCUGCUUCCAGCUGGUGGACAGGAGAGUGGUCAGAGUGCAGCCGCAGCUGUAACGGCGGCCUGCGGACUCGGGAGGUGUUGUGUAAAAGGAGGAUUUCUGUGAUGGAGGAGAAGGUCCUGGAUGAUUCGGCCUGCAGCUCCCCUCGACCAUCGUUUACAGAGCCCUGCAGCAACCACAGCUGCCCUCCAGAGUGGAUGGCUUUGGAUUGGUCUGAGUGCACACCCAGUUGUGGUCCUGGCUACAGACACCGUGUGGUGUUGUGUAAGAGCGGAGAGAGCGGCGACACGUUGCCAGACUCAAAGUGUCCCAAAUAUGGCCGACCCACCUCCAGGGUGCGCUGUAACCUGCAGCGCUGCCCUCCACCUCAGUGGGUCACAGGUCCAUGGGGGGAGUGCUCUGCCAGGUGCGGUCUGGGACAGGAGAUGCGUUCGGUGCAGUGUCUCACCCACACUGGCCAGCCAUCCAACGAGUGUCUGGAGCACCAGCGGCCCGCAGCUAUGCAGCAGUGCAAGAGCAAAUGUGACCCCAGUCUGCCCAUUAAUACAGAGAAUCCAGAAGGUCAGAGGACAAAUUUCACUGCUGAAUGUAAAGACGUGAGCACUGUGGCAUACUGCCCCCUGGUGCUCAGGUUCAAGUUCUGCAACCGGCCGUAUUUCAGACAGAUGUGCUGUAAGACCUGUCAGGGACACUGACGCUGCUGCGGCUGUUGGAGGUCAAACAGUAAGACUGAACCUUUUCCACUGAGCCUCGCUGCAGUAGUUGUCGCCGUGUCUCUGUCACUUCAAGCUUGGAUAUGUUUUUUUAAGCUGGCAAACGGACACGCUGAAGUUACAAAGAGGAGGUUUUUGUUCUCCUCACUGAUAACCUGGAUCUGAAACCUCUGGACUAAACAUCUUCCACUGGAGGAGAGGGUGGAUUCUAUGUCCCCUAGAGAGGAAGGAGGCAGGAGCUGUCCUCCAUCAUCUGUCAGGACGAGCCCUCUCUCUCUCUAUUUCUUUAUCUCUCUUUAUCUGUUUUCUCCAAACUUUCUCGUAAAAUUUUGGUGCUAUGUGUUCUACUCUGGCUACAGGACUGACUGCAGUAUUUUUAAGAUUCAUUAGAUUUUCACGAGGAGCCUAAAUGUGUAGUCUGUUCUGUUUUUUAAACUUCCACUUUUUUAAUUAUUAUGCUCAGAAAAAGAAUAGCUCCUAUGAUUUUCUUUUCUCUUAAUUGACUUUUAUAUUAUUAAUUUUCUUUUUUUUUUUUUUUACAUAUUAGUCUAACCUCCAAGUCCUCACAGGUAUUAAGUAGAAUGAGCAGAGUCAAGUUGCACAAAGAGUCUCAGCACUCACAGGACUUGUGUGCGUUUUGUUUCUUGAACCGUUAUUUGACUUGAUGUGGAAGUUGUGGGAAAUGCCGCAGUCUUGCCGUCUUGGAUAGUUUCCCUACAGAUUAUCACCUCUGCAAGUCUUAUAUAGCUAUAUGCUGUAGGGUUUGACAGAAAAGGUUUCCGUACGAUAGGAUGUUGGGUUGUGUUUUGGCUGCAGACUUUGGCAGCUUCAGAAAGAGGUUCCUCUCAGUCAUUAUCAGAUUUCACUCAUUGCAACCUGGUUGUUAAGUUUUUUUGACUUUUUUUCCCCCACAUACAGUAUGCAUAAAGGUGCAAAUAUUAAGUGGAAACACAGAGCACAGUGAGCCGGUGUUAGACAGCUCUGCCAGCAGGGAAUAAAAUCGACCUCAGAUAUCUAGCAGAAGUGCUAAUCUAAUAUAAGGCAUAAUUUAUCCGCCCUGUUUAGGCGUUACCAUAUAUACAAUUAUCCCUAAAAUGAUCCAACAUCAUCCAAAAAAUAAUUCAACCUUUUUGGCAUUUAUUUAAUUGUUUUAUGUCCUACCAUGCUAACAUGAAACUUUGCUAAAGUAACUAUAUAUGAUUAAGUAAAUCCCAAAAAAUGGUUUCAUUAUUUUUUUCAGUUUUCAAAUAUGAAUUAGUAAGUUCAAACUUUGCAUAAAGUACAAAUGAAAAAUUUCUGAGUGUAAAUUUACAAAUUUGGCUCAACGACCUCUAACGAGGCUGUUACACUCUUUACUGGAUGGCCGAAGAAGAAUAGAAGAAAGGCAUAAAACAAAAAGCAGCGGUUGUACGUUUGAUCUCUGCCCCUCCGAGUAGAGGAACCUCUCCUCCAGAAAGGAGCCAGCUGAGGUGGAUUGGACAUCAUGCCCCCUGGCUCCUCCCUCCGGAGCUGUUCAAGGCACGUCUGCUAAGAGUGCUGCCCCCACGAGCUGCUCGGGGAUAAGCAGAGGAGGACAGCUUAGAUUCACAUAUUUAGACACCUACAUUUACAUUUUAUAGACUGUUAUCUUCCACCAUAAGGCCCCUCUCCUGCAGUUUGAUAAUCUGGGUUUUCUGUCCAUGCCGGCUGCAGUGCAGCGAGAUGAAAGCAAGCAUGUAGAUUUCUAAAAUCAGCUCACAGUCCUCUGUAGUGAAAUAUAAUAUAUGACUAAUAUAUGGGAUUUAGAGUCAAUAAGUUCAAACUAAAAUCAGAGCAAAAAACUAACAACAACAAUGCUUAAAGGUAUAGUGGAGAAUGUUUGUGAAUUUUUGAAACGACCGCUCUCUCCAUUUAAAAAAAAAUCCACAUGCACAACCAUGUACUUGCUCCUGAGAGGUAACGCCUAUUGAAAGCCUGCGAGAGCGUGCACGAGCCCAUUUCUCCUCGUGCACGCUCUUAUUAAAAGUUGGUUUUUGCAGUGCUCAUACAAGCUUACUUUCUAACAGAAGAUUUGCAAUUUUUCCGCUAUGUCUGACUCACCACCGGUAAGUAAAAAUGGGAAAGAGCACGUAGGCUGGCCUUAAAACAUUAUUUUAAACAUAUCACAAGAAUGAUUGAUUAUUAGGAGGACCACUUAUUUUGAUGAUCCACCCGGAAAAAGAACAUCCUCCACUAUACCUUUAAGAGAAUAAUAUACAAUAAAAUUAAAUAAUGCGUGAUUGGAGCUUUUUUACAUUAUUGUAUCUCCUUUUAAUGAUAAAGAUCUAAUAAUGAUUGAAGUCAAGAGCACUGAGAGGUAAAGUGGGUAGAAAUUGUUGAAAAAUUUAGAGAUAAAAAUGCAAAAAGGAAAACCGACCUGAAAGGUUCAUUCAGUUCUUAUAAAUUUACAAUGUCCCUACAAUCUAUUAAACCAGUAUUAGAUAGUAGAAUAACGGCGCUGCACAGAACACAACCCUGAAUCUCCUCAGAGAUUAAUUAUUCACUUUCUUUGUUAACUUUGUUAUGAGACAGACACACUGCCAUGAAAAAACAUGCUGACCUCAGAACCACGAGCUAAAACUCCUCUGCAGAUUUUCAUGCUGACACCUGUUGCAUUAAUGCCACCCUACAUGUUCCAUUUUUGGUACGACUUCAGCGGAUUCAGGUCUCUGCUUCACAGAGCGGAAUUUAAUGACGCAUCAUCUGCAUUUCCACCGUUUCUCCAUCUAGUAGAGAAUAAUUGUAGAAAUGCUGCCUAAGAGGCUUUUAGGGAUCGCUCAUUGGGCCUGAUGGCAUCACUGUGCUCUGUAAUCUGCUGUGGUUCAGUCAACACUUAUAGCAGCUAUGAGCAACACUCAGUUUCAUAACGAAGAGAGGAAGCAUCUGUCAUUGUGGGGGUUGGCUGCAAUGUUAUUCCUGUUACUUUAGUUGGUGCUUUGUUUUUUUUAAUGGUGCUAUUUGUUCACUGUUGUUUGUUCCUCAUGUAUCAUUUAAGCAACUGUUAAAAACGUUUUAUUUAAAAAUCAGUUUGAGCCUUUUCGUUAAUGUUACAGAUCUGCAAAGUUAAAGGUGUAGUGAUGAAAUGUAUAAGUGCAGCUGUUUAUAAAGGUUCAUCCACUAGAGGUCUUCUCUGAUUCAUGUGCUCAUUCUUUGAAAAAGGUAAAUUAUUUUAUGGUCUCCUGUUUCCUGUUGAUAAUUAGUGCUUGUUUAACAGAAUAACCUGAUUGGAUCGGCGAAGCGGUUUAUCUUCGCAGCGUGAUGCAUACUUUUAUACAUAUUCAGCAACUUUCAAAAGUAUUGCAACCCCCUGAAUUCUGGGGUUUUAUCGUUUUUUUUGCAAAUAAAGUGUUGUUUGCAUUUGUA